UUCUCUCUCACGCACAUUUUUUAUUUUUACACUCUUUCAUUUUUCUAUAUCAAAUAUUCCGGCUGCCAUUGACUCACUCAUUCUUCCUAUAUAUAUUGUAUAACCAUUCCCAACAAACCAAAACCAAUUUUCUAAGCAAACCUCUCUAAACACUUUAGCUUUUUUUUUUGGUUUACAAAUGGGGAACUAUGUUUCAUGCACCCUUGCCACACCUUUGAUCAAGAGCAACAAGGCAGCAAGAGUGGUAUUUCCUGGUGGUGAAGUGAGGCAAUUCCGGGAGCCCAUCAAAGCAGCUGAGCUCAUGUUCGAGUGCCCAAACUUCUUCUUAGUAAACUCUCAAUCCCUUCACAUUGGCCGGAGGUUCUCCGCCCUGAGCGCCGACGAGGAAAUAGAGUUUGGCAAUGUGUACAUCAUGUUUCCUAUGAAGAGAGUGAAUUCUAUGGCUGUUGCAGCUGAUAUGGCAAUGAUUUUCCUCGUGGCCAACUCCGCGGCUAAGCGGAUAUCUUCCUCCGGUGGGAUUAGUAAAAUCCAGGUUUUGCCCGAGUCCGGCGACGGCGGCGGCGACACGCAACAUGUGGCGGUGGAAGCUGAUGAAGGUGAGGCUGGAGGGCCAAGAUUGAAUUUGGAGGGUAUUGAGGGGUUUUCAGCACCAGAGUUUCAAUACAGGUUAUCUGUGUGCAGAUCAAGGAAGCCCAUGUUAGAGACUAUAAAAGAAGAGCCAAUCUGGUCAAGAUAAGAUUUAUGUUUUUAUAAGUGUAGGUUAAUUUUUAUUAAUUAUGGGUAGGAAAAUCUCUAAUUCUUCUUGUAAUUGAUAUAUUUGCUCUCAAAUUUUUGGUAUGGGGACAAGUUAUUGAUUUGUGUUAUACGUCUCUUGGUUAGGAAGAAUUUCAUUAUCGAGUUGGUGGUAAUUGAGUACUAAUCUAGAUCACCAAUUUUGCACUUGUAAAAAUGUCAUAUAGCGAAAGAUGGAAUAUAUGGUGGUUGAAAUGAGAGUUAAUAUA